CAAAAUCACACAAUCUGAUUCUCUUCCCUCGUUUUCUCAGGUUCUCCUCAGUCCUCAACUUCCCCGUCCCACGUACAUACCUCCUAAAUCCUCGCAAUCAACUCACGACUGUCACAACCGACGCCGUCCAUGGAGGGAACUGCCAAGGCGACGACCGCUAAGUUAAGAACGAGGAGAAAUGGCACUGGAAGAUUCAGCAGAAGCAAGAGUUUCUCUCUCUGUUUCAAACCGGCCGUCAUGGACGGCUUUUCCGUUGAGUCAACGGAACCUUCGUCUACGUACGACCCAGUCGAGCCCUUGCCGCCUAUGUCGAUGAGUUUCGAUGUCAAGGACAAAAAGAACAAAGGCAGUCGCCGCCGUUUGUCCUGUUUAAUCAGCGCCGUCCUGUUCGAAACUUCUCUGGGGAAGAAAGUGAUUAAAAGAAAACUCUCACAAAGAUUAACAGACAAUUCUCUACAACCGAAGACCCAGAAAUUAAUCCCUAAUGAAUUUCCAGAGCAUCAGGAGUCACUAGGGGACGAAGACAUGAGAACUGCAUCCACUUUAUCUUCUUCCUUACGCUAUCAAUCGUCGAUGCUCUCGCCGUACUCUUCAUGCCUCUCCGAGAGGAACACCGUCAGGACGUCCAUCCAGCCAUGUACUCAAGGCGUCAUCGGCGCAGAAAGCAGAAAGGGUUAUUUCGGUCCAAAUGCAGGUUUGUCCUUGCUUCUUAUAAGUCUCUUGAUUUUGACUUUUUGGGGUAGGAUUUGGGCCAUAUUUUGUACAACGACGUGGCUGUUCUUCAUUCCGCGGUGGAGUAUCAAGCCAGGCAGAUCGGAAAAGAUGGUUGAAUUGUCGCCAGCGACUGAAUCGGAGCUGUACAGGAAGAAGGCGAUCAAGGAAGGACUGCUAGAAAGGAACCAACGUCGUGGAUAAAUAGCAUAUGUAAAAUGGUUUUUUCUUUAAAAAAAAAUGAAGGGAGUAAUGUGUAGAAGGAUACAGAGAUUAAGUACGUUUUCUCAAUUUUGCAGUUUUAUCUAUUCUGAGGAUUUGAUACAUAAAUGUAUAUGAUUUUU